AUGCGGCUGAAAACUAUACCAAGUCUCCCGGCGCUCCCUCCGACGCGACGACCAACGCUCAUAACCAUCACCUUCUCCCACCACCAGCUCCGACUGCACUCUUCCUCCUCCUCCUCCUCUCCCUCACAGCCGUCCUCCGGAGGCCCGACCCUCCCAGAGCGCUCAGUAUCCUACAUCCCUUCCCCCUCCGCAUCGCCGACGACCUCGACGACGGCAACCCGGGCCCCGCAACCCCCGGCAAGGGCCCUCGACCAGGCGACCUCGCUCUUCCUCCGGCCCCGGCCCAGGUUCCUCUACUCGGCCCCGCGCUUCCUGAACCUGCCGGUCAACACGCGCAUCCCCGAGGUCUGCAUCCUGGGCCGCUCCAACGUCGGCAAGUCGACGCUGCUCAACGCCCUCUCGGGCCUCGAGACGCGCGGCCGCGCGGGCAGGUCGCACGGCUCCAAGCGCAGCCGCGCCGGGCUGGCCGUCACCAGCGCGACGGCGGGCUGCACCAAGACGCUCAACGGGUACGGCUUCGGACCGCCGCUGCCGCUCCUCCCGUCCGGCGCGAACAAUGAUAAGGACGGCGACGGCGACGGCGAGGGCAGCAGCAGCAGCAGCAGCAGCGCGGGGGGCAGGUCCACGCGCUCCCAGCGCCGGACGGCCGCGCACCAGCGGGAGCCGGCGCCGCAGCACAGCCUCGUCGUGAUGGACAUGCCCGGCUACGGCCUGCACUCGCGCGAGGAGUGGGGCGCCGAGAUCGCAAAGUACCUCUCGCGCCGGGCCAUGCUGCGCGGCGCCGUCGUGCUCGUCGACAGCGUGGCCGGCGUCAAGGACGGCGACCGCCUGGCGCUCGAGCUGCUGCGCGACGCGGGCGUGCGCACGGCCGUCGUGCUGACCAAGGCCGACAAGCUCGUCUCAUCCUCCCCACCCUCCUCCUCCUCUUCUUCGUCUUCUCCUCCCUCUUCAUCCGUCGCUACUGCUGCAGGUAGCGGAGCAGAGAAGCAGCAGCAGCAGCAGCAGCAGCAGCGGCAGUCGCCAGAGGCCCUCCUGCGCAAGCGCUGCGUGCAGGUCUGGGACGAGCUGCGGCGCGCGGAGCGCAGGGGCCGCCGCAAGGCCGCCCCCGCGCAGGUCGCCGGCUGGAAGGAGGGCCGCGGCGGGUGGGAGCCCGAGGUCUUCGUCACGGGGGCCGGGGACCCCCGGGCCGGCGGGCUGGGCGUCGCCGGCGCGCGCCUGGCCAUCUGCCGGCUCGCCGGGCUCGUGGAGGGCCAAGGCGCCGAGGCUCAAGUCAGCAGCGCCAAGGCUGCGCCGCUACUGGGCACGGGCAGGGUCGUGCCGUUUGACCAGAUCCAGUGGGCUGCUCCGCCUUCUCGCGGAGAGGAGGAGGAGACGGCGGCGGCGGCGGGAGAGGAGAGCGGUGAUGAGGUCAGGGCUGAUCUUGGCGUGCCGAGGGAAGAGGGCAUCCCCGAGACUACGGCUGACCCGGUGCAACAAGAACCGGCGAGAAGGGGCAGGGUCAGGCCGUGGAAGAGGCCGGCGGAUAUGUUCGACGCCAUCGCCCAACCACAGUCACAGAGCCGCAGGCAAGGAGACCAUAGAGAUGCGUCGUUCUGA